AUGAUACUAUUUUUCUUCUUGCUGUUGGGAUUCCUGUUAAUUCUGGGAUGGCGUUUUGUGCAAAUGGUGCGAAGACCACCAAUCUCUCGAUACCGCGGUGGGAGUGUACCUCUUAAUGUCUGUGUUGUGUUGGGCUCUGGUGGACACACAAGUGAGAUGAUGCGUGCUAUUAAGGCUUUAUCACUAGAUAUGUGGCGAGCCAACCGUCCUUUUUACGUUGUAUCUGAAACCGAUAAACACUCUGCAAGUAUAGCUGUGGAAUUCGAAACUGUUAACUUUAGACGUUGCUGCCGAUUACAUAAUAUACCUCGUGCACGUGAAGUUGGACAGAGUUAUUUUCUUUCCAUCUUCUCAACUCUUCGGGCGAUAUGGUGGUCUUUGUUUCUUAUCAUAUCCGAAAAACCAGACGUUAUUUUAGUAAAUGGACCUGGUGUAUGUGUACCGGUAGUAGUAACGGCAUUACUCGUUGCUUUCUUCUCACCAUCGUGGUAUUAUAGACGCCCAGCUAUUGCCUUUAUGGAGUCUUUCACCUGUGUAUAUCACUUAUCUCUUUCAGGACGUUUGUUAAUUCCUUUUUGUGAUGUUUGGACAGUUCAUUGGCAGUCAUUGUAUGAUGCAUAUAUGAAACGACGGUGGGGACGAAAUGGAUCUCUCUUCUUUGUGGGAACCGCAAAGAAUGAAGAGGAGAUGCCACGAUUAACAACACCUCAACAAUUAGCGGAACACUCAUCUAAUAAUGAACCAUUUGCUAUAGUAACAGUGGGAUCUACACAAUUUAAUGCCCUUAUUGAAGCUGUAGAUGAUGAUGAAGUCUUAAGAGCACUUUCCAAACUAGGUAUAAAACGACUAUUUAUUCAAAAAGGUGCAUCUUCUCAUGAAGUACGAUUGAGUAAUGCACAUGGAAUUACAAUUGAGGUAUUUUCAUACCGCCCUAAAUUACAAGAGAUGAUAAGGGAUGCGGCUUUGGUUAUUUCUCACGCUGGUGCAGGUACGAUACUUGAGGUGUUGGAGUUUAAACGCCCAUUAAUUGUAGUACCCAAUCGUUCUCUCAUGGUAGAUCAUCAAGUUGAACUUGCAGAGGCGUUAAGUUCAUCUCACUAUCUCUUUUGUCUGCAAGUUUGGGAGUUUUGCAAAGAACUACAAACCCUUGACUUUAACACACUGCGGGAAUUUCCUGGAGCAAAUACAACAGCCCUGCGGGAGGCACUUCUUCCACUUUUCGGUUUGUAA